GCCCGCUCCCUCACCCCGCACAUGACUGCUGGCAGCUGAUCAGGAGGCACAAGGACGACGUGGCUGAGUGGGUUGCGAAGAGUUUCUUGCAGCUGCAGUCAUGUUUAGAUCAAAAGGUGGCAUCGAUGUGGCCGACAUACCCACACUGACAAAGCAUGACAUCCGUGAUAAGGUUUGGUCACACUUUGAAGAACAUGAUUUAGCAACUUUUCCUCGGCCUGUCAGCAAUCGCAUUCCUAACUUUAAGGGUGCUGGUGAGGCAGGUCAGCGAGUAUGUAACCUCCAGUGCUUCACCUCUGCCCAGACCAUCAAGGUGAACCCUGACAAACCUCAGGAAGAAGUGAGGUUCUUAACUUUAGAGGCGGGUAAAGUACUGCUUGUCCCAACUCCACGUCUGCGUAGUGGUCUGUUUAACCGAAUGGAAGGCCACGCCUCUGAAAAUAAAGAGAAUCUUAGAGUAAUGGCACAGACAGAAGGCAUGAAGAAACACUCUAAGCCAGUGGGUCUUGACAUGGGCAUUAGCGUCGAUCUUAUUGUUAUUGGCUCGGUGGCAGUGUCACGAACAGGAAGAAGAAUUGGUAAAGGGGAAGGAUUUGCUGACCUAGAGUAUGCCAUGAUGAGGACGGUGCGAGCAGUUGAUGACUCCACUCCUAUUGUCACAACUGUUCAUGAUUGUCAGGUCUUUGAUGAACUACCUAGCCGUCUCUUUGGUCCCCAUGAUGUUCCUGUUGAUUUCAUUGUCACCCCGUCUGAAGUCAUCCAAGUGAACCACAGUCUACCAAAGCCAGAAGGAAUCUACUGGCAUCUUCUCUCUCCAGAGAAAUUUCGACAGGUCCCCAUUCUGAGGGUUCUGCGUGACCAGGAACACGAUGAGGGGAAGGAUGUUACUUUAGCAGAAGGAGCUGAUCUACCCUCUGUUGAAGAACUGAGAGCCAGUGGUCGUGGACGUGGUGGUAACCGAGGAGUUCGUGGAGCACGUGUUGCUGGCAGAGGCAGAGGAGCUGGUCGAGCAAGAGGCAGAUAUAUAUCUGAAGGUGAAGACGGUAAAGGACAAAAAAAUAUUCAGUAUCCAACUAAGGUCACAAUUAAUGUGAGCAAGAAGAAUCGAAUUGUAAGGAGGACUGUAGAGGCAACCCAUGAACAUGAUCGUCUGGGCUCUGCUGACCUAGAUGAUGAAAACCAGGAACAGAUGGGAGGUAUGAAGUCUCAACGUCCCAGAAAACCUCGCCUUCCUGUGACAUAUGCUGUGUUCCUUGGCAAAGUUCCUCCAGCAUGCAGAGUACGUGAACUUAAAGAUGCACUGCAGGAUCGUAGUGUCAGACCAAUUGACAUCACAUGGCGGGGCCGCAAUGGGUUUGCUUUCUUGCGUUUCACAGGCCCUACUGAAGACUGUGAUAAUGUUCUAGAGAAGCUUGAUGGAUUAACCCUGCUAGACCAACCAGUGGUAGUGGAGCGAGCAAAAGAUAAGGUUGUGGGCAAAGAAAAUGAUGAAGAUGGCAGAGAUGGGUAUUACUGUGAGGAUGAUGAAGCUGAAGAGCGUGUUGCUCCUCGCAAGCCACAGGUACCUAGAAAACCCCGUCUUCCUAUUACUUUUGCUGUGUUUCUUGGAAAAGUUCCUCCUGCUUGCAGAGUGCGAGAGCUUAAGGAAGCCCUCCAGAAUCGUGAGGUUCAGCCAGUUGACAUAACAUGGCGUGGUCGCAGUGGGUUUGCCUUUUUACGUUUUACAGGACCAGUUAAUGAGUGUGACGAUGUCUUGUCAAAGUUAGAAGGCUUAACUCUUCAGGAUCAGCCAGUAGUUGUUGAGCGAGCUAAGGACAAAGCUGAAGAAGAAGAAGAAGAACAGGAUGGUGAUAUGGGGUGAGGAAAAGUUAGUACAGUAUCUCUGGGGACAGGGAGGGCAGUGUGUCUGAUAGUGUUGGGAAGAUAAACUUUAGUGAUGUUUAGUGUGUGAAUCUGCAUUGAACUGUCUUGUUUCACUCAAUACCUAUGCAUUAAAAAUAGGAGCAUCAGCUAUACAUAUGAAUAAAUAUAUAUAUUAAUAUAAAGACCACAAUCAUUAAGUUUCUAUGAGGAGAAUUUGAACUGGAGAGGCUUUAACAUGUCACCAGUAAUUAUAGAGGAGUAACUUAUAGUCAGGAACUGUAGAUAGAAUAUAAAAGUUGUACUAGUGAAUAAAAGUCUUAGUUUUUAAUAAAUUGUUAUGAGAAAGUUUCUAUUAAUUUAGUAAAUAGUGUAUAUUUAUACAUUUAUUAUAUUUAAGCUAUAACUUGCACCAAGAAUAUUGUUGAAACUAUGUAAACUUCCCUGGACAGGUUAAUUCAUUUCUGGAUUUGACCUCAAUUUUACGCUUAUGAAAAUAUGAAAAUGCAAGAGUGUCGGAAUGUAGUAGAAUACCCCAUGAACACCCAGACAUGGGAGUCUGAAACACACUUGCACAUUACAACCACCUCUAUUCUCUAUACUGUACAUGCUCAUGCACACACACGUACACUCACUAAAAGAUUAUUCUGCACCUUUAUGGGAUUAUACUAUAUGACAGACCGGACCAAGAAAUCUGAUAACACUCAUCACGGCUUCUGUCGCAGUGAUUGUUGCGGAUGGUUUCAGAGCCAAGGGUGCACAAUAUUUUUCUUAGUGAGUGUACACACACACACACACAUACAUGUCCACACAAAUACAUGCACAAAGUGUCAAAGCUUCCUUCCAUCUGCUCUUUAUAAAAAACUCUCAGCUUAUGAACACAGUACCCUGUAUUACAAACUGCUGUAUCAUCAUGUCUGUACAAUUUCAUAUUGAAUCAUACACUAUACUCAAACAUGCAUAUCUGAAUUAAGAAUUUUAUGAAAUUUUAUAAAUUGUCUCUCAAAAAGUUAAACUGAAUAAUUUCCCAUGACAAAUUAACUUAGGGAGACUGUAAUUGUGCUUGUUGUUAGCAAUCUUAAUUGUGAAUUUAUCUGUCUGAAGUCCUGGAAGUUUCUAGUUAAAUGAGUAUUGAAAUUUUGCUGCUGUGUUAACAUAAGUACUUGACCAAUUGAUAAAAAGUGAGCUUGAGGUGAAUUAUUUAUAUUCAGUCAUCACACUCUUAGAUGCCACAUACCCAGGUUCUCAUUAAUAGCUGGUUGGUAAUGCAUUGGAAUGACUACUAAAUUGGCCCACAUUCUCGAUUUUUUCUUCUCUUUUCCCCCUUGCAUGCCAUGGCCUUCUAUGCUGUAAGUAAGCUGGAAGCAGAGGAGACUCCCUUCAUUCAGUAUCAUACAUUUUCUCUCAACCCUUUACUUAAUUCUGACAGAAAAUUUUGAAUUAAAUUUAUUGGCCUUAACUGAUUUUUAAUAAUUUUGUAAAACAGUUGUGGUUUAGAGCUGUCUUUCAUGCAUACAUUUAGUGAUAAAAAAUUUACUAUGGUACUUUUUUUUCCAAAUUGAACAGUUACUUGCUGAUUAAUGAGAACCUUGCAUAUCCAGAAAGCCCUUGGAACUUGGUACCCUCCAGUAGUUCACACUUAAGUUCAUGCCACUGCUCACAGAAGUGUUAUUUUUAAUAUGGAUAUACUGUAUAUUAUGACAUCCAGUAUGGGCUUCAUCAGAUGCGUAUUAACAGUUAGUUGUGUUAAAUACAUAAAAUAAGACUUUGUAUUUAUAUUCGUAAUUUACACUAAGAGUAUUUUACAAUGUGCCUCUUUAGGUUCACUUAUUAAUUGUAAGUUUAUUAAUCACAUGACAGAACUACAUAUGUUUAAUGAAUAAGUAAAAUCUGAAUUACAUUUAAAGCAAUUAAUUCCAGAGGUGAGAAGCUGUGCUGUAAUUAAGGGUAAAUAGAAAGAAUGCCAGUGCUUUCAAAACAUUACACAAACACACGUUAUUAAUUAUGAAUAAGCUUUAGAAUAUAUAAAAACUAUUUGAAGCUUUUUCAUUUUAGUAACUUAACAUAAUACUGUACUGUAUUACCUGUUACUCAAGAAAUACUCUGAAAUUUUAAUACAUUAUAGUUUAUUUUGCAUAAGAAAAUGUUUUUUUACCAUUAAGUAAUCACAUAAUCUCUGCAUUUAAAGAAACACUUUUAAGAGUAGUACAGUAGUUGUGAUUAUUGUUAUAAGUGCAGAACCAUUCACACUCAUGGAACAUAAUUGUAAAAAAAAAAAUACAAAUUUGAUAUCAUUCAAAACUUGUAAACUAUAUUGUAAAGAGUUCCAUCAGAUUAUUUCUGGUAAUUUUUAGGUGACUGGUCUUUUAUAUGGUAAACUUGGAUAUACAAGUGAUCCAUCUCACAUGAAUCUGAUGAUAUAUUGUAGUCUUACUGAUAAUACACCAUCAGUAAGAUUGCUCUAUUGAAUUUGUCUACCCGGUAAUAUAGAGUGUCUUGGAAACACUCCUCUUCUGUAAUCACAAUGUGUAUGUUUGUCUUAUUUUAUAGCUGCAACUGUUUUGUCAUGUACAGCAUUAAUCCAGAUUAAUAAUACAUGCCUCUUUAUUUUAUGCCUGACAUUUAAGAAGAUAACUGUUUGGGAAUAUAGUAACAUAACUUCUAUGUUUCAUAUUGAUGGUAAUGACAGAAAUAAUUAUUUUCUACAACAUCUUUCCUGGAGUAUCUUUGACUGAACUUUGCAGUAGCUGCCAAUCAUACAUGGUCUAGAUAAAGUAUCAGAACAUCAUUCAUUAACUGUGCUUUUGGAUCAGCAUGAAAUUCCUUGCCUUAUGCAUGUGUCGUUGGAGUGCAGUAUACUGUAUAUCUAGUUUGUAUGGCAGUGCAGCAUUGUCGAGUGGCUUUCUUGCCACUUCAGUGUUGGCAUACUUCAGUAAAUAUUCAGUACCUUUGAUUAGAUCUAUUUCCUUGCCAGGACAGAUUUAAGGUUGACAAAGUUUUUACAUGAAUUUUGUGGGUGUGAGCAACAGUACAAUAUUUGUUAUAUUGCUUAUAACAUUGAACUAAGUGAUAAGUUGAUUGUCGACAAUUGAUGAGCUAUGAAGCCUAAACUUUAACUAAUCUUAUUGAAAUGCAUUUUAUAUUGAUAGGCCAGGCUGGCUACAAUUCUUGUUGAUCAUUAGAAUGGUGAUACAAUAUAGUGCCUGAUUCAUUUUGUAACCAUGAUAUAUUCUUACAUUUCCUCUUCAGAUGAUUGUAGCUUUAAUAGUGUAAGGAUGAAAAAAAGACCUUUAGUUUCAAUUACUUUAUAUUAGUUUCUUUUUGUGAAGAAGUUAGAUUUCUAGUGGCUUCUUUAAUUUUUUCAACCUUAUGAAGUUGUAAUUAUUACAAUUUGGGAAGUACUGUAGUUAUUAAAUUUUAGACUAAAUCCGUGAAUCCAACAUGCUCUGUUUGCACCCCCAGCACUGUCAAGACAAUGUAAGACUGACACAGCAGUCCACUGGUCAUGUACAUACAGUGCCUAACUUCUCUUAUAGUAUAUUGUACUAUUUUAAUAAAUUGAAGUAUGAUUUUAGUAGACAUAUGUUCAAAGAACAGGUUUAAUUUUUGGAUGUUUGCCAUUUGUUUUUUAUUUUUCUCCUAGUACCCAUUACUCACAAGAAAUUUUGCCUGAAAGUAUGAAGAGGUUGUGGCUUUUAGCAGUACUGUACCAGGCAUACUGAAAACAACCAGAUUGACUGUAAUUUACUACGUAUAAGUCUAUCUCUAUGCAGAUAAACCUCAAGAUAUAUAGGUAGCAACUUUUUGUUCUGUGUGCUUUAAUAGAAUGGUGUUGGUUGAUAUGUAAUCCAUAUAAUGAAGGAUAUUUAUCUUAGAAAGCUUGCAAUACUUUUCAUUACAAAUGGAUUUUAGCUAUCAUUUAUCAUUUGUGAAAUUUUUUUAUUGAUGUAUUUUUAUGCCUCAAGUACACAUGCCAUGGAAGCAUUUUGAUUCGCUCCCAUAUCUCUGUCCGUCCCACCCAAAGUUGUUAGCAAAAUGUACCCAGAAUAUAGCAUUGAAAUUUUGCAGGCUUCUUUACAGGUAUAUUUGAAUUACCUGAAGAGGUUCUAUACUGUAGAUUUAUUUUUUUGCCCCAUUGAAGGCAUGCGUGUUCCACAAUUUUACUUUAUUUAUUUAUUUUUUUUUAUGCUUAUUGGAUAUUACCAAGUUUCAAAUACUCACCUUGUACUGGUACUUGUACACUAAGUGAUAUGAGUAAUGUAUAAUUUGGCAGUUACCAGAUAUGUGAUUCUUCACUUUCAAAGUCCUAGAUAUUUUCUUUGUCAGGUUGAAUGCUCCUGAAAAAUAUAUUCAAAGGUAGCAAAGCAAUUGGCUGUUGCUUAAGAACCUCAACCUCUUCAUUUUUUUGGCAGUUGGGUCUACUCUAGUCUAAGGAAAGUGCUGAAAGGAUUUGUUGGUUGUGGUGGUGUGUUUACUGGGGAGAGUUCAGGCACCUCAAAAGUUUGAUACUGUACUGUAUAAUGUGCCCUUAAUGAGCUGUUUUAGAAAUUGCAAAUACAGUAUGUAUAAGCUUUUACCUUGGUUGAGUAGGAAUGUAAAGUUGCAUGAAAUCAUGUGUGAAUUAUGGUAGAAAUGCAAGAAAUAUCUUUUAAUAUAAUUUUAGACCAAAUAUCUUGCACCACACUUACAGCCAGGUAUAUUUAUCAUGUUACAGGUUACUCAUUUUCUUCUGGAAUAUUAAUAAUUCAUUGAAAAUCAUCCUUUCCAUUGUGAUACUCUUGAUUCUCACCAAGUAAAGAGUGUUAGAAGUAAAUUGGACUUUUAAGGAACCGAACUCUCCUCAAAAAAUUUGUGUGCAUUUGUUGAAGUGAAUGGUUUACCAGUGUGUGAUUUAUGUUUUUGUAAUUUAUAAUGCAAGCAUUGCUUAUAUGCAUUUAAAAGCUUUGGAUAUUGAUUUCCUUCAUGCCUCUUUGAAUUAUAGGAUGUUCUUCCCUUUCCAAAACAUACAGUACUCAUUCUUGGAAAGGGAAGGAAGAAGGUCCUGCUCCCAGUCAGUGUAAUGUGAGUCAGGUAGUUACAUGACUUGCUGCUACAUUACAUUGUUCAUAAUUAUACUGUGACUCAUUUUUUUCCUUCCAUAGAGGAAAGGAAUUUUCCCCAAAGCUUUACAUUUGUUCUUCUGAAAACAAUUAUUCCACAACGCCUAAUAAUAUAGGAUGGGAAUGUUUAUUUUUUCAAAUUUCUUAAAUCUUUUGACCUUUGAAAAUGUGGUUUUAAUUAUUCCUUCUUGGUGUUAACCUUUAUGCAUAGGUAUAAAAUUUUUGAAAAGAAUUGCCAUUGGCUUCUCUGAUGCUCCUCCUAAUUUCUCUUCUGCAAACACUUUUUUCUUAGAACUGAGAUGGUACUUAGGGUUUGUGCUUUACUUGAAAAUAAAGGUGUAUUCUUUGCUACUGGACCAGUGUUCUGUAUUUCUCCAUGAUGUACAAGAAACUAUUGUGUUCUCUUUACCUAGGACAUUAAGUCUAAGAGUUGUAUUUAAAAUGAAAUAAUGACUUCUUCAUAGUCUGCUAUUUAGUACUUCAAACACAAAAAAGCAGCUGCUUUUUUUAUUAUAUAAGUAUGGCCUGCAUAAUACCAUUUCUGUGAAUUCAAAUUUGCUUUGUGAAAUCAGUAUUGUAUUUACCUGCAUUUUUUUGUAUUAUAGUAUGACCCUGAAACAAUGAUGAUAAGCCAUUCAUGCAAUAUCACUUGUGAAUAAGUUGUUUACUAUACAGUGGUCCCUCGAUUAACGAACACAAUUGGUUCCACAGAGUCGUCUGUUCCAACUCACAGAAAAAGUAUACAUACAAAUUACUGUAUACCAGUAAUAGAAUUAACAAAACAUUAAAUAUGAACUAAAUACAGUACUGUGCAAUAAUAAAUAAAAAGCAAUAGAAUACUGUAUUUUAACUUACUUUGAGGUGUGUAUGUUGUAUUCCCGGCACCUUUGUUUACAUAUCAAACGGCUGAUUGUAGGGGCAGUCAAUGAUGACAUGCCAUAUUCUUUAUAGAGUGCAUUGGUUCUAAUGCCUUCUUUGUGUUUCAUAAUUUCUGCACUGUAUAUUAUCAAUAUGUUAACUAAAUUUCAGAAUGACCAAUAAUUUUAAUAUAAAAAAUGCAGAAAUAUUCAAGAGACCAACUUUCUUGAUAUUUACUCCACUGGAAACAACUGUAAACAUAGAACUGGCUGAUCAGCUGAUGCGCACAACAAAACAUGUUUUUCGUAAGGCUUUCGUUAAUCGAACUGAAAAUCCUUAUGGGAGCCAAUUCGUUAACCGAAAUUUCGUUAAUUGGACCGUUCAUUAAUUGAGGGACCACUGUAUUUCAAAGGAGCUAUUUACUAGAACACUUAAUGAUGUAGUGCACUUAGAAGUCUGUACUGGUGUAACUGCAAUAUUAGCAAAGUUAUUUAAGGUCUGAGAGAAGUGAAGCAAAGAGCUUUGUGGUUGGGUAGGUUUGGUAGAGGGCUGAUGUAGGUGUAUGGGUGUAACAGCACCUGCAGUAGGUGGGCGGUGAGUGGAUGGUGGUAGGGAAUGGAAAGGGUAUCUGACAAAGACAUUAGUAUUUGUUGCUGUGUGUAUGAUUUAAUAAAAUGAAAAGAGUAUGCAAAAAGAAAUACAUACGAGUAAAAAAAGGAAGUGUGUUAAGAAACAGUUAAUAAAAUAAUGAAUGAAGGAAAAGGGAUGGAACCAGAGUACAUUAUGCUUCAUAGUGAAAUAGACAAGUUUUGGAUUGUAACUUAGAAGCUAAGAUUAGGAAAAAAACAUGUGCGAAGGUAAAAAUAGAUGCUAGGUAGAGUACCUUCACAACAUUGAUGAAUACUCGUAGAUAUAUCUAUGCUGUACGUAUACCAGAAACUGCAAUAUAUACAGGAAAAUCAAUGUAAAAGGUUAAAGAUGAACAUGAAUACACUGUACUUAAAAAAGUAUUUCCAUUCAUUAAGGAUAUGGGUGAAGCAAUAUUAUAAGCUGUGGGUGAGAAUGAAAUAAGGUACAGGUACAGGUAUUGGAAACAGGUCACCUAUCGUGAAAUUUAGAGAACAGUACAAAAGGUAAAGUAUGUUAAUUGUUGAGUAAUGAUGUAGAAGGGAAGAUGUGGAGGGGGAUGGGAUGAUGCAUUGUGUGACAGGUAGGCACUUUAUUGGGCUUGAGUGGAUGUAGUAAGUGUACCAAUAUACAAAGGGAAAAGUUUAAGAGAAGAAAUAUGAUAUCAGUAAUAGGAAGUUAGACUUAUUUUUUAUUUUUGAACUAAUUGUGCCCAAAAUUAAUGUGUUGGUGCCAAAUUAGUAAUUGUAUUAUUAUUAAAUGGUCAUAGCCCUAGAAUUUGUCUUGGGGUAAUUUUUAAGGGGAAUUUGAAUACAGUACUUAAUAUUAUUGUACCAAAUUUAGAUUGUUGCAGGGUCCUACUAUCAAAACAUUGCAAGUAAUUUAAGAUACCAAAUACAAUUUCAGAUUAUCAGAUUUGAUUCAUAACAAAGAUUGCAAUCCAUCCACGACAUAAUUGCACCAUUACCAAAGUGGUUAUUGUACAAUCUGAAAACUGGUGCUAUUGCUGCUAGAGUUAAUCUGUAUUUUGUAUGAUUAAACUUGAUGGUAAAA